AUUAUAAUCAGAACGUGCCAACCUAGUUACGAGUAUGCUGAAAGAAUUAACUAGAUUUUCCCUCCAGCAUCGGACGCUGUAUUGUUAUGUGAUUUUGAGCAUAUGGAUAUUCUUAUUAAUAGCUGGGAUGUACAAGUACAUUGGAUCAAUAGAAAUGAACAAUAAUUUACUAACAAUUCAGGGAUUCGGCUACCAUAAAACUAAAGAAUAUUUCAUCGAUGACGAGGGUUUUACGAGCUCCUUCAUGCCUAAUAGGUAUUUAAACCAAAGCGAGUGUACACACCCUACCAUGCUAAUAGCUGGUGAGGAGGGAGGCUCUCUAGAAGGCUGGAAUUUGCAGGGGAUAUUACUUCUUAUACGGCACGGAGAUCGAGGCCCUAUGGCGCAUGUACGAGGUAUCAGUGGAGUUGAUUGUGGAUACGAGAAUGACCCAGCCCUUGAUAGGUACGUAAACUUCGUUCAGAACUCAACCACAAGCAGUACUACAAGUGGCUACUGGAUGAAAACAGGUCCUUUUCAUGGAUUCCCUCUUCUCCCGGCCGCCACUAAGCUUUGUAUGUUGGCACAGCUAACCCAUAAAGGAAUAGCACAAAUGCUUCGCGUUGGAGACAUCGUCAGACAGAAAUACGCCAGCCUCUUGGGGUUGUACAAACGAUAUCCUUCUAAUGGCUCAAUGAAAAAUACACCGCAAAACGGUACGGAUGUUAAUACUAAGCAGACGGCUGUAGGAGCUUUGUAUAAUAUUGAUGAUGUAGUUAUCUACUCGACACGCUACCGCCGUACUUUUCAAUCUGGAAUGGCUCUUCUAUUCGCAGCUCUGCCACAUGAAAAGUGGCUAGGAUUGCACAUCCAGGAGAGCCACAGCUUGUCAUAUUGCUUUUCAGAUUGCGCCUGUCCGCAAGCAGAAAAGCUGAAGAGAUCUCUUGCUAAUGAAAUGAGUUGGCACCUCGCUCAGCAUCCGGCUAUUGGAGCAAUCACCCAAUGGAUCGGCGCAACGAUACUACAAAAUCCACAAGCUACUUCAGGACAAAUUAAUCCACUGGAUGUUCGAGAUGCGCUUUUAUCACAUAUUUGCCACGCAGCCCCUCUGCCAUGCCGUAAAGCUCAUGAAGCAAAAAGCAGCCAAAGCAGUUCAACAGCAGAUCCAUUAGGUUUCGAUCUUAUCAAUAUUGAUCAAGAUGAAGAUAACUCUGUUGGAACAGCGCCGUUCAACCACGUCAAUGUGGAUCAAACUGAUAACCCAGUUGAGCAGCAAUCAUCGGAUGAUGAAGGAUGUGUGGAACAAGCCCACGUAACUGCGUUAAUGUCCUAUGUCCAUUGGGCUGGUGAGAAAGAGUUAUACGGCCAAACGAUGCGGCAACAAGGAUUACUUCGUUCAUAUGGUUUGCUUAGAAAUAUCGUAUCUUUCAUGCUCAAAAUGAUAUCGGGAGAUCCAGUCAAACUCGUACUGUACUCGGCUCACGAUAAAACUAUUGAGUAUCUGAUUGCGUCCUUGGGAGUGCGCUUGGAGCACCCGUUUGUUCCGUAUGCAUCACGAAUGGUGUUUGAAGUAUAUAAAAGUGAAAAGGAUAUCCAACACUACUUUCGGCUGGUGUAUAACGGAAGAGAUAUUACAAAUGCGAUCGAUGUUUGCGCUAGUGGCAAAAGUCUUAGAGUUCCUAGAGGUAAUCGUGGUGGACGUGGUUACCUUUGUCCGAUUGAAAAUAUAAUUCGUUUCAUACACGAUGACUAUUUUCAUUCUCUCAAUGCAACAAAUUACAAAGAUGCCUGCAUGAUUAAACAGGAAUUGUAACACUAGCAUUAAUAAU